AGGCCCACCGCAGGCUUCACGUAGCGGAUCAUUUCUCAUAGCACAUCCGCCCUCCCUCGACGGAGAGAAGAAGAAGAAGGGAAGAAGGAAGAAGAAGGAGGAGGAAGAAGAACUCGCAGAGGCUUCAAUUCAGGUCCCCGACCUCCGCUUGCUUCUGCGUCUGUUCCAUCGGUGGUUCGAAUGGUCAAGAAGCGAGUGCCUGAUUGGCUUAACAACUCGCUCUGGUCCUCGAGGCCCCCGCCCGACGAUGAGCGCAUCCUCCGGUACGCUGACCCCGACCCGCCUGCAGAGCCUCCGGCGCCGGCCGCCCCUGCCCCGGACCCUCCUAGGCCGGAGCCUGAUGAUUCCAGGAGACGCGCAAAUGACGAUGAAAACGGAGUUUCCGAAAGCCCUUCCGCCGAGGAAAUCUCGCGACAGUCUCAGCUCUUGACGGAGCUGUCGAGUAAGGUGAUAAACAUGCGUGAGUUGAGGAGAAUUGCGUCCCUGGGAAUACCGGAUGGUGCCGGGAUUCGUCCAGUGGUGUGGAAGCUUUUGCUGGGGUAUUUGCCCCCAGAUCGUGCGCUUUGGCUGUCUGAACUUGCCAAGAAGAGAUCACAGUACAAAAACUUCAAGACAGAGCUUUUGAUGAAUCCUUCAGAAAUCACAAGGAGGUUGGAAAAAUCCACAAGUGGUGACAAUGAUGAGUCAAAAUGUCAAAUUAGAGGUGUGCUUAGACGAUCAGGACUAACUCAUGGGGAGCAUCCAUUGAGCCUUGGGAAGAGCAGCAUCUGGAAUCAGUUCUUUCAGGAUGCAGAGAUUAUUGAACAGAUUGAUAGGGAUGUCAAACGUACUCAUCCAGACAUGCCUUUCUUCUCUGGAGAUUCACAAUAUGCAAAAUCCAAUCAGGAGGCUCUAAGGAGUAUUCUGAUUGUAUUUGCAAAGUUAAAUCCUGGCAUAAGAUAUGUCCAAGGAAUGAAUGAGGUUUUGGCUCCACUAUUCUAUGUAUUCAGAAACGAUACUGAUCUAGAUAAUGCGAGAGCAGCUGAGGCAGAUACAUUCUUUUGCUUCUCUGAGUUAUUGAGUGGAUUUCGAGAUAACUUGUGUCAGCAACUGGACAACAGUGUCGUGGGAAUCCGUUCAACACUUACAAGGUUGUCACAGCUCCUAAAGGAGCAUGACGAGGAACUGUGGCGGCACCUGGAGGUCACAACCAAGGUCAAUCCCCAGUUCUAUGCGUUCAGGUGGAUUACACUCUUGUUGACACAGGAAUUUAAUUUUGCGGAUAGCAUUCGCAUUUGGGACACACUUCUAAGUGAUCCAGAGGGUCCUCAGGAGACCUUGCUUCGCGUGUGCUGUGCUAUGUUAAUUCUUGUUCGAAGACGUCUGCUAGCUGGAGAUUUCACUUCAAAUCUUAAGCUACUUCAACACUACCCCUCAACAAACAUCAGCCAUCUGAUGUAUGUGGCCAAUAAAUUGCGCGCAAAACUGUCGUGUUAACUCCCAGGUCAAGUUUGAUUGAUUCUUCUUCCUCUCCUGCAUUUGUGUUCUCCCUCCAUUUUGUAUUUCAGUAAAAAGCUUGUAUGUAAAUUGUAAACAGCUUCCAUAGGAUAUAGUAAUGCUCAUAGUGUCUUUCAUUUCUCAUUAAUCUUCUCUCUUUUCUAGUGAAAAAAGUUUUUCGGUUUUUCCUCCUGUCUUGUUUACAGGAGAAAAGGCUCAGGUUAAGAAACUACGGCUACUUUGUAUUACAAGAUAGUGUAACACGAUUCUUUGGUUCUCCAGUGGGAAAUUGUGCUGUCAGUUUCUUUUUAAA